AUGUCAGAUCGCCGACAACGAAUUUAUACAGUUCUGAAUAAAUGUGCAACAAUGAUUGGUGAAACUUCUGAUCCGUUAAAUUCAUCUAUUGAUACGAGUAAUAUCGAUCCAUUACUCGGUGUUACAAAUAUUUGUUUAUCAUCAUUGGAAAAUCCAUCAGCAUCAAAAGUUCGUCUUCGUCAAUUAUUACGUCAAGUUGAAAAAGAAUUUGAAGCUGUAUUAGUUGAAAAUAUUGCUUUAAGAAAAGAAUUAGAACGAUAUGGUGGAUUAAACAAUAAUAAUAAUAAUACACAUGUUACAACAACAAGUAAACUUCGAGCAGCAAAUAUUUUUCCAAUGAUUAGAAAUCGAGUUGUACUAAGAACAGGAAAUCAAUCUGAUGAUUUAAUGUUUUCAUCAACAAAUCAACAUCAAGAUGUUAUAUGGGAUGUUCAGGUUGGUGGUUUAGAUGAUCGUUAUUUUGGUUCAGCUUCAGCUGAUAAAACAUCUGUUAUUUGGUCUAGAAAAACAGGACGUUCUCUUAUUCAAUAUCAAGGUCAUCGUGGAAGUGUUAAUUCAUGUCGAUUUGGAUAUUUUGAUCAUGAUUUAGUUUUAACAGCAAGUGGAGAUCAUGAAGUACAUAUAUGGAAAUGUUCUCUCGAUGAAAACAAAGACGAUGAAGAUGAAGAUAAUGAAAUGAAUACACAAAUUAUACGUAGUCCUUUAUUAGCUUUACGAGGUGAUGAUGUUUUAUCUUGUGCUGAUUGGCUUCAACGUGAUCAAAUUGUAUCAGCUUCAUGGGAUAGAAGUGCUACACUUUGGCAGGUGGAAACGGGUACUUCACUUCGUACACUUUACGGGCAUGAUGGAGAAUUAACCUAUGUCUCUUGUCAUCAAACAAAACCACUUGUAAUCACUUCUUCACGUGAUGGAACAUUUCGUUUAUGGGAUUGUCGAACUCCAAGUCCUUCUGUACAAAUAUUUAAUGGUCAUACAAAAGCUGUGAAUUCUGCUUUAUUUCUUGGUAAUGAUCGUCUUGUAUCAUCAUCAGAUGAUGGUUUUGUUCAUAUAUGGGAUUCACGUUCAACUAGUUGUUCACCUCUUAUAUCACUUGAAUGUGUUUCACCAUGUAAUCGUAUUUCAUUAUCACAUGAUAUUCUAGCAAUACCACUUGAUAAUCGUGAUAUUCGUCUUUAUUCAGCAAUAAAUGGAGAUAAACUUCAUGUACAACGACGAGCACAUACACGUGCUGUUCAAUGUACAGCACUUGUACAAUGUGGAAAUUCAAUGGAAUUUCUUCUUGCUAGUGGUAGUCUUGAUCGUCAUAUGCAUGUAUGGCAUAUUAAAAAAUUAAAAGGAACAAAUAAUAAUAAAUUAAUGAAAUCACUUGAUGAUUCAAUAGGAUCACCUACUGGAUCUUCAUUUAAUGAAACUAAUAAAAAUGGUAAUGGAAUUGAUGGACAAAAUAAAAAAGCAAAUAAAAGAACACCAUUAACUGAAAAGGCAAAUAAUCUUGGAAUAUCAACAGACAAAAAACAAAUGGCAACUACUUCAAAUAUAACAUCUGAUAAACAAUCACAACGAACUUUAUCAACAUUAACUAAAUAA